AUGUUUCGAACACUCUCGAACACAGCAGACCCUCGUGAUCAUUCGGAUCCCAUAGAAAACAAGCCGAAGCCACAUCCUGGCGACCGCAAGUCUAGCGAUUCUACUCAAUCUGAUUGUGGAGCCAUUGAGAACGUGGCAUGCCCGGACCGCAAGGAAGAAUACGAAGAUGAAGUCCACCACGAGAAGGCAACGCAGCGAGCAUCUCAGCGACCCUCUAGAGAGCUAGCGCGGACUACAAGUAAUGCCUUGAGUCGAGUGUCAUCCCGAUUGACGACAAGGUCUCUUCCGGACCCAGGACCGCCUCCUGAUGGAGGUCUCAAGGCAUGGACGCAGAUUGCUUGUGGCUGGCUGGCCAUCUUUACGUGCUGGGGCUGGAUCAACUGUUUUGGCAUGGGCGUGAUGGCAACCUGGUUCUCUAAGAAGCGGUCGUUCGCCAUGGGCUGCGCAUCAACAGGAAACGCUAUCGGCGGGAUGAUCUACCCCGUCAUAGUUCGAGAGCUCUUACCGAAAGUCGGGUUUGCCUGGACUGUCCGCGUGCUGGGCUUCAUGAAUCUCGCGCUACUGGGACUGGUGCUCGCCUUCAUGCGUUCAAGAUUACCACCACGAAAAUCCGACGCGUUAAUCGACUGGUCUGCUUUCCGGGAGGUACCUUUUACCUUCUUCGUCAUCGGGCUGUACUUUAUGGUUUGGGACGUAUACUUUACGCUAUACUAUAUCUCUUCCUUCGGCGUCGAAGCCCUUGGCCUUCCUUUCGAGAAAGCCACGGUCCUGCUCAUCAUCAUCAACGGCAUCGGUGUUCCCGCGAGAGUCGUUCCCGGCUACGUUGCCGACAGAGUGGGCCAGCUAAACCUACUCGUCCCAAUCUCCUGGUGCCUCACCCUCGUUGCCUGGAGCUGGCUGGCCGUGGAGAGCAUCGCUGGUCUGUACGUCUGGAUCUGCUUCUACGGGCUCAUGGCGGCAGCACUGCAAUGUCUCUUCCCGCCCACCGUUGCCGCUUUGACCUCAGAUCUGCGGGUGGUUGGAACACGCCUGGGGAUGAGCUUUGCUGUGAUGGGGUUUGCUGCGCUUACUGGGCCGCCUAUUGGAGGUGCUAUCCAGGGAGCACAGGGUGGCGAUUACAUUGGAGCACAAUCGUGGGCUGCCGCCUCGACGCUGCUUUGUUCUGUGUUCUACAGCUUGUCGAGGAUGACGAGGGCGGAGUGGAAGUGGAAAGCUAAAGUAUAG